AUGAACUCUCCUUCAGGGCCAAGAGUCCCAUCAAGCUUAACUCAGGAUCGCAGCUUUACAGCCAGCCCUGCCCUACACGGCAUUUGGAACAGCACUCAGAACGUCUCCGCAAGAGUCCAACUUCUAUCUGUUAGCCCCACGGCAUCUGGACCUCAGGCUGCUGCCUGGGUCCCCUUCCCCACAGUUGAUGUCCCAGAGCAUGCUCACUAUACCCUGGGUGCAGUGAUCCUGCUGGUGGGACUCACAGGCAUGCUAGGCAAUCUGACGGUCAUCUACACCUUCUGCAGGAACAGAAGCCUUCGGACACCGGCAAACAUGUUCAUCAUCAACCUCGCUGUCAGCGACUUCCUCAUGUCAUUCACUCAGGCCCCGGUCUUCUUUGCCAGCAGCCUCUAUAAGAAGUGGAUCUUCGGGGAGGCAGGUUGCGAGUUCUAUGCCUUCUGUGGGGCUGUCUUUGGCAUCACUUCCAUGAUCACCCUGACAGCGAUAGCCUUGGACCGCUUCCUGGUGAUCACACGCCCACUGGCCACCAUCGGGAUGGGAUCCAAAAGACGGACGGCACUCAUUCUGCUAGGCGUCUGGCUCUAUGCCCUGGCCUGGAGUCUGCCACCCUUCUUUGGCUGGAGUGCCUACGUGCCUGAGGGGCUGCUGACCUCCUGCUCCUGGGACUACAUGACCUUCACCCCCCGAGUGCGCGCCUACACCAUGCUCCUCUUCUGCUUCGUCUUCUUCCUCCCCCUGCUCAUCAUCAUCUGCUGCUACAUCUUCAUCUUCAGGGCCAUCCGAGAGACAGGCCGGGCCUGCGAGGGCUGCGGUGAAUCCUCUCUGCGGCAGAGGCAGUGGCAGCGUCUGCAGAGCGAGUGGAAAAUGGCCAAGAUCGCACUGAUCGUCAUCCUCCUCUUUGUGUUAUCCUGGGCUCCCUACUCCACGGUGGCCCUGGUGGCCUUUGCUGGGUAUUCUCACAUCCUGACGCCCUACAUGAGCUCAGUGCCAGCCGUCAUCGCCAAGGCUUCUGCCAUCCACAACCCCAUCAUUUAUGCCAUCACUCACCCCAAGUACAGAGUGGCCAUUGCCCAGCACCUGCCCUGCCUUGGGGUACUUCUUGGAGUGUCAGGCCAGCGCAGCCACCCGUCCCUCAGCUACCGCUCCACCCAUCGGUCCACACUGAGCAGCCAGUCCUCUGACCUCAGCUGGAUCUCCAGACGGAAGCGUCAAGAGUCCCUGGGUUCUGAGAGUGAGGUGGGCUGGACAGACACAGAAGCAACAGCUGCCUGGGAAGCUGCCCAACAAGCAAGUGGACAAUCCUUCUGCAGCCAGGACCUGGAAGAUGGGGAAGUCAAGGCUCCUUCCAGCCCCCAGGUAUAGAAAUCCAAGACUCCCAAAACCAAGAGACAGCUCCCCAGCCUGGACUUUGAAAUGUAG